AGAGAGAGAGAGAGAGAGAGAGAGAGAGGCAAGGAAGAGAGACAGUGCUUACUUUGUAGUUACUGAGAGCCGCGUGACAGUUUGCAGAUGCCGACAGAUGUGCCCGAAGACAGGCUCAACACCGAGGAGAAGGCGUCAAAGUGUGACAGUAUGACGCUGUCCAGCACCCCGACUGUUCGCAGAGGAAGCACUCCUCUGCCUAUAAAGCACCAGCUCAGACGGGAAGAAGCAGUCCAUGAUGACUGCGACUGGACAUCAGGUGCAGCUGGACCCUCUGCGUCACCAAUCAGCUUCAGCCCAGCCUUGGAUGACACUCUGACUUUGGCUGUGGAGGGCAGACCUGAUGGGCCUUUAAGGAUCGCCCUGCUGGGGCAGAACGGGGUGGGGAAGUCUUCCCUGGCCAUGGCCCUCGCUGGGGACAUGGACCGGGCUGCGUCUGUAGAUUCUGAAGGGGAGGGUUAUGUGCGCACAGUCACCGUGGAUGAUGAGGAGAGUACCAUCAUUAUCUAUGACAACUGGAGACAGGACCUGUCAGCUCUGCAGUGUGAGGUGUGUAUCCUGGUGUUUUCAGUCACUGACAGGCGUAGUUUCCAUCGCACUGCUCAACUUCGACUUCUCUUGAGAGAGACUCAGCCCCAAACUCCCAUCAUCCUCGUUGGUAAUAAGAGUGACCUCGUUCGCACACGUGAGGUCACCUUUCAAGAGGCCAUGUCCAGUGCCGCUCUCUAUAACUGCUUGUACCUGGAGAUCUCUGCCUCUUUGGACCACCGUACUCCGGAGCUCCUGGAGUGCGCGGUGCGGCUAACCAGGGGCCAGUCCCCCUGGCCCCCUGGGUCCAGCGCUGAGGACAUGAGUGGCGGAGGCCGUGAGAGCAUCACCUCCCGCGCCAAACGUUUCCUGUCCAGCCUGGUGCCCCGGUACCCGCGAGAGCGAGAAGUGGGCAAGUUCCUGAGGCAGAAAUCCCGCUCUUGUCACGACCUGGGGGCGCUGUGAUCGGGCGCCACAGGGAGUUUAAUGGUUAGAUCGUUUACAGAGGUAGCUGGAAGUGAUGUAGUAUACCAACAAAGAGCUGAAGCAUUUAGUGGCCAAGAGAGGAAGAUGUGAGGUGCCAGAGCUAAGGCGGGACAUUGACAAUAAUGUUAGUGAUGUUUAUCCAUAGUAUGAUAUAGAAAUUUUGUACACAAGACCAAACAGCAAAGAGAAGAUACAAUACUGUUGUAGAACACAUGUAAAUAAACUAUAGAAGUGAUGCAUAACUGCCACACUAAAGCUAAAUAAAUAGCUUUUUUGAGUCUUGAAACAGUC